GUAAUUCCUAAUGGGAGAAUAACCAGAGUAACCCUGUACUAGCUCCAAUGGUUGAAUCGGAAUGAUGCCUUUUAUCAAGAAUUUAUGCGAGGAUACUCGGCCACCUUACUCCUUGUCGAUGUUCACGGCCUCUGUAUCACUGGUGCUAUGUUUAAUCACGGUGCCGGGAAAUGUGUUGGUUUGCUUAGCAAUCUUCAAGGAUCCUUACAAAGAACUGAGGACGUCGUUUAACUUUUUUGUAUUUCAAUUGGCCAUUAGUGACCUUGUAGUGGGAGUUUUGACCGAACCAAUGUUUAUUUGCUUCCACAUCAGAGAGGCCAUGAAGUAUCCGGUCAUGGAGAAUAUUUGGGUUAUUCACCUGACGUUUUUUAUAUCAUACGCUGCGUCGCUGUUAAGCCUGGCAGCGCUAACUCUGGACAGAUAUCUCACAGUGAUGUCACACCACAGAAGGCUGUUAUCCACCACUCAAAUCACCCUGAUAUCUGUGCUGAUAUGGGUGAUAUCUUUUUCGCUGCCAUGUUUGUAUUUCGUCACCGGAUUUUACCUGUUUGCGUUCAUGUUUACAAACGCUUCUCUCAUCAUAAUAAUCAGCAUAUUAACGUUUUCAUAUAUCCGUAUCCAUCAGAGACUGAAAGAUCAGAUCUCUCGCUGGCAUUGGUUCAAACAAACACAGAUCAAACUGACCGCGAUGUCGUUAGAGAAAAAACUGACGAGAGCCUUUUACAUCAUUCUCGGUAUAUUCCUCAUGUGUCUACUGCCAUCAUUUGUAAUGAUUUACAUCAUCAUCUUCUGUGAUGAAUGUGACUGCACGCUCGUUCAUUGGAUGAGAGACUUGCAAUUCAUUUUCCUGCUGCUGAACUGUUCGUUAAAUCAGUUCUUAUACGCCUGGAGAGCACGGAACUUCCGCAAAGCCAUCUCUGCCGUGUUUUGCAAAACAGUUUCAUACCAGGUGAACGCUGAGCUUGCCGGCAACAACAAUGGCAUAAUUGCCGCUGAUUCUAAUUCAGCUGAUGUAAUAGAACUGAUUCCUCUGGACCCCACGAAACUUUCCCCGAUGCCUAUAGAAGAAAUGGGUCAGACAAACCAAUUCUCCUUUCAGUCUUCAGAAAAAAGAAAUUAAAGACAAAGCGAAGUAGGCAAGGCUAUCUUAGAAGGUAACUGAUUGCAAGUUUAUGAUGGAGUGCUGAAGAAAUAGAGUACAUCUUCCUUCGUUGGUAUAGCAACCUUUUAGGCCUAUCCAGAAUAUUUUCUCUGGCGCGCGACUGGUUUAAACGCAGAAAAAGAGACAAUUCUUUUUUUCUUUUCAUGGAGUCGCUCUAAGAAGUGACGGUGAACUGUUCGUAAUAGUUUCGCACCGCGCGCCGGGAAAAAAAAUCGAAGGAUAAUAAGAACCCGCAACUUCUAUUUGGCUUCAAAAUAUGCUCGUAUUUUUGUCCCUGGACAUUGUCUUUCCUUGAAGCUUUUCCUUGAAAAAACGGUCCGCCUCUCAGAGAAGGCAAUGUCUGCGGGCUGAUACCUGAGCAUGCUUUUACGCCAAAUGAAGCUAUCGCGUAGUAACUGUCUCAUCGUUGCUAGUUCAACCAUUCGACCCAUCAUAGUGAUCAAAUAUUGACCUUCAUAACAAGAUGUCUGGUGACGAAAAUAAACAUUGCACACAAUUCCAUAGUUCCAUCUGCACCUUUGUGUCUCUGUAAACAUGGCUGUUUCAUGAGUUUUGCAUCACAAUGAAAUUAACGUUUGGGUUCAUGAGCUUGUAGUAAAAUGUUAUGUGAUAAAAUCUCAUUUCAGCUGACAUUUUUACCGCUCAAGAGAUUGGGGCG